UGAAGGGAUGAAGAUCCUGCUGCUGUUACCUUCGCCUGCAAUGGACCUCCGCUAGGCCAUCACAGGCUGUGCUCCUUUGCUUCCCUCACUUCCCUGUUCAGAUGUUUUAUCUGCCAGAGUCCUGUUUUAACUUUUUUGCUACUGACCCACAGAAUGAAAAGAAAUGCCAAGAAUUAAAGCUUUUCUCUUCCAACUUGGAUAUUUAUAAUGGGUGUCGGAAAGUCUAAAAUAGAUCCUUGCCCUCUUUCUCUCUCUUUGGGUAAAAGCCACAGUGUGGAUACAAGUCAAAGACAUCAUGAGUCAGAUUCCAGGAACUCUAAAAUCCCCCUGUGCGAUGUUGCUGGGCACAGCAGUCCGACAGAGAUGCCGACAGGAGAGCAGCGGGAAGCUGAGGGAGUGGACGGGAUGCCUGACGAAGAGGAAGACGAAGAGGUGUUCUUCAAAUUUGUGAUACUGCAUGCAGAAGAUGACAUAAGCGAAGCUCUCAGAGUCCAGGAUCUGCUCCAAAAUCGCUUUGGCAUCAAACCUGGAAUUAUUUUUGCUGAGAUGCCAUGUGGCAGACAGCAUCUACAGAAUUUAGAUGAUGCUGUAAAUGGGUCUGCAUGGACAAUCUUGUUGUUGACGGAAAACUUUUUAAGAGACACCUGGUGUAAGUUCCAGUUCUAUACAUCCCUAAUGAACUCUGUUAACAGACAGCACAAAUACAACUCAGUUAUACCCAUGCGGCCCCUGAACAAUCCCCUGCCCCGGGAAAGGACUCCCUUUGCUCUUCGAACCAUCAAUGCCCUGGAGGAAGAAAGUCGUGGCUUCCAUACGCAAGUUGAAAGAAUUUUUCAGGAGUCUGUGUAUAAGACACAACAAGCUAUAUGGAAAGAGACAAGAAAAAUGGUACAAAUGCAAUUUAUUGCCUGAGAUGGUGCACAGAACACAUGGCUGGCUCUUUUCUUAUAAAACAAAUGAUUUAUCUUCACUUCAGAAAGCAGUUUCCAGGAAAACUUUAAAUAAAAGAGAUCCUGUUCUUAUAGGAACCUGUGGAACACGAGGAAGAUGAAUUCCUGCCAACCAAAGAAUUGUGGUACUUUUUAAUGUUCAGUAAACUUGAGAAUGUCAGAGUUUCAAGAACUUUGCUGUCAGUUUUCCUAGUUCAUGAAUAUGACAAAGGAUAUUUUCAAUUCAUAGUCCUAGUGUUGCACUUUGAACAAAAAAUUAUAUUAUAGACAUUUAAAAAAUAUAACACUUUUUGCCCUGGCCAGGUGACUCAGGUGGUUGGAGUAUUGUCCUAUACACCAAAAGGUUGUGGGUCUGUUCCUUAGCCAGGGUACAUACCUACGUUGUAGGUUCGAUUCCUGGUCGGGGCAUGUACGUGAGGCAAUGGAUCGAUGUUUCUCACAUUGAUGUUUCUCUCUCUAUCCCCCUUCCUUUCUCUUAAAAACAUUAAUACAUAUCUCCUCAGAUGAGGCUUUAAAAUAUAUCUAUAUAAAACACUUCCACUGAAUUUCGUUCUUAGAAGACACACAUAAGACUGGCCCAGAGAGAUCUGAUCGCCCUCCCUCUUGAGACACCCCUCAUGAGUGUUGUGGUAAAGCACCCCCGUAUUGUCACCCAGAGAAUCUGGUUAGCCAGGAUAGAACAUGCAGAGUGUUGAGUGCUGAUGAAUGUGAAAUCAGAAAUAGAUGUGAGAAUGGUGGGACUUUUAAAAAGAAUCCAGACAAAUGUAUUUUCUUUUUCUGGAAUUGGCACAUUUGGAGGCAAGUACCACCAGCAAUUAGUAACUCAGUUGUUAGUGUGGUGGUUGGAGACUCCGUGGAGCAGGGUGGAGAUGUCCACCCUGAGGCUCCCCCUGGUGGUCAUCUCCUAUACCCAGGGCUUUAUUGCAGAGCUGCUGAAAGGUUUAUGAUUGUGUGUCCUCAGCCAGAUACUCUUUAAUCAAUUACCUCUCAUCUACCCCUUAAAAAAUUUCUCUCAUGCACAAAGUUCUAUCCAGGAAGCAUUUCUCAGGUGUUCAGUAUAGUCUCUCUCUGUCUGCCCCCCACUUCUCUGUCUGUCCGUCUCUCAGUAUUUAGAGUCGGGAUAGAAGUAGGAGAUGUGUUUUAUCACCUCCUCUUCUAAGAAGCCCCAAACAGACCUAUUCCUUUCCCUCACAGCCUUCUGCCCCAGCCUUGAUGGGUAUCAUCGGGUACAGACCAGGAUGGAGUGUGGUUUGAAUAAUGCCCUGUUAUAAUGCAAAAAGGGCCUAGGGAGAUCAAGAGACCUUGUUCAGUCUUUGCUGCUGAGGAUGAAUGUGGCCAUUGCAAGCUGCUUACUCUCUUUAUCUGUGAAAUAAAAGGACUGGAUUGAUGGGCCUAUAAAGGCCUUUGUUCUCUCUGAGAAUGUGAACAACUAAAAACCAGAAAAGGGAACAAGCAAAAAAAUUAGAAUUUUGUAAUGCUGAUAUAUAAUAUAGAUUCAGGAGGUCUGUCCGUUUACAAGGAAAGGGUAUUAUAUGUUUACAGCUUUUCUCGUGCUGCCUGUUAUACUUUUAUAGUCACAGAAAAAAUUGUAAUACACAUCUACUCAUUUUAAAAAACAUAUUUUCAUAAGGACCCUUGAGCAAAGACAUUCUGCCUGACUUUUCUUUCUCCUUAUCCCACUUCUCUGAAUCUCCUUCUAGUCCUGGGGUCAGCUCACACCGGUCUGCAUUCACCUCUUUGUAGCCAGGAACCCAAAUGUUCCGUAAGGAACAUACCCCCCAGAUCGUGCAAGUAAGUCUAACUUCCUUUCUACUAGUAAGUACUUGAAGAAACGAUUGUUUUCAUUGCAUGGUGACGUUUUCUUAACCUCAAGUCCCUUUCCAUCAAAGUAGCUUACUACCUUUUCUUUUUCAAUUUUAAUAAAUAGUAUUUUUUUGCCAUACUGCUUCCUGUAUCUCAAAUUUCAAACACCAACAAAACAAUCACCCAUUCUUUGUGCCUGCCAAACUCAGAUCAAUUGAUGCUAGAUGAUAUUUCUUAAAUAAAUGUUUGUAUUCUUUA